UGGAAAUCUCGAAACGGCGUCAGCAUGGUUGACGACAUGAACCACGCAUGUUCACUCGAGAAGAGCAGCUUCUCGCUCAACCUGGUGCGGGAGGCGGCCACAGAUGCGUUGCGCCGAGUCCUUGGGUCGUUGGACCUCGGAGACAUCGAGCUCUUCGUGGAACCCCGGCUGCUGUCGCUGUUCCACCACGCCACUUCCCUGUCGGGUGAGGACUUGACGGUGUUGCGUGUGAGGGAAAUUCAUUCGCUCGCGUCGCCGUCGGCACCGCCCAUGCCUACCUCGACCGUCGUCUACAUCGUGCGUCCCCAGACUACCCAUGUACAGCUCGUGGCACAACACCUUCUCCAGCAACUCCGUGGUGCUUCGUCCUCGUCGUCGGUUGUGCUGUACACAGGUACUUGGAACGCGUUGUGCGCAGACGUAUUGUCUCGUGCUGGUGUCGACAAACAAGUGGCGGUGCAUCCGUUCCAACUUGGCUUCAUUCCCACGGACAAUGACAUGCUUACCCUGGCCCACGACACGCUCUUACGCGACUGCUACAUCCAAAACAACAAGACAACUCUCACAGAAUUGGGGCAUGCGUUGCAUGUGCUGCAGCAAACUACUGGCGAUAUCCCCACCGUGCACUACAAAGGCGAGCUAGCCAAAGCCGUGUGGAAGUCGCUGUCCGAGUUCAAUGCCGCCAGUCCACCCCCGUCCUCUCGCCCCAAGAAGCUGCGCAUUGACCACAUGAUCAUAUUGGACCGAAAACUCGACUACAUCGCCCCGUUGUCGACCCCAUUGACCCACGAAGCAUUGCUGGCCGAGUUGCUAGGGCUCCAAAAUGGUACGGUGACAGUGGAUGCCACAGCCAACGCCGGAACUGUGGCACCCACUAGUGUCACCAUCAGCGAUAAGGAGGGGGUGGUGUGGAGUUUGAAUGGCGACGAUCGGAUUUUCCAAGACAUUCGGAACAAACAUAUUCAAGCGAUCGGGCCGUACCUGCACAGCACCAGCGCAGUGUUUGCCGAAGAGCGCAAGCACAUGGAGCUGUUGCUGCACGCAGAGUCCACCACGGUCAAGCAGCUAGAUGAACUCGGCACCACCCUGAACCAACACAUGGACAAAGCCGCGGUACUCAGCCAGCACAUUGCACUGGCAGAGCUCGUACAAACGACCACGAAAUCCAAAUCGUUCAAAAGCCAGUGGCAACUGGAAAAGUCCAUAUUGGAACGGCAGCCGCACCUCGGCGACAUUGAGGCGCUCGUGUGGCAACACGCGCCAGUGUACACUGUCCUUCGCCUGCUUUGCCUCCAUAGUUUGGCCAACCAAGGGCUGCCCAAGCCUGCGUACAUGCAUCUCAAGACACAAUGCCUCCACUUGUACGGGUUUGAGUACUUGCACGUGUUUGAAAACUUGGAAGCCAUGGGAGUCUUGGCUACCCCCACCACUUCCCCACCGGGGGGGGGAAACGCCUCCGCUCCAUCGAACCCUCUUGUCGCAUGGAACCUGACGGGGCAUUUUGAUUGCGAUCCGUGCAAUCCAGACGACCCGUCGUACGUGGCUGGCGGGUAUUGCCCGCUUACGGUCAAGUUGGUUCAAGCUGCACUCAGCCCUGAAGGGUGGACACCCCUGGCCGCCCGAUUGAACAUGCUGCCUGGUCCGUCGGCAGUUCUCGCAGCGGCAGCCAAGCCAAAGAAGACGAAAAAGGUGCUGGUGGUGAUUGUCGGUGGCAUCUCUCCCAUUGAAAUCACCGCGCUUCGGUUUGUGGGCCAAAAGAUCAAAAUGUCGUUUUUGAUUGCCAGCGACACCGUUGCAUCGGGCAAAGCGUUUUUGGGGCAAGCGAUGGAACCGAUUGCGAAUGGCUUGUUGACGACAAACAAGUAGAUAUAGCUUGAAUGUACUCUCUCUAGGGACUCCAACGGCUACAGAAGGACGUCUUGAGUGUAGGAUAUUUGAUAGGAAUAUAAAGAAGCCAAAUAAAACGAUAAACAGUUUGGAAAUCGA